UUAUCCUCUGCCUCAGAUUUCGAUGCACUAAAAGUAUAAAAGGUCAGAAGACACGCCUGAAGGACCACUACAGUCAAAGUGUUUGUCAUCUGUACAAAGCAAAAGGCCUACCAGAGCUCAAAAUGGCAUUCGCAGGAAUUCUGAAGGAUGCGGAAGUUGCUGCAGCCCUGGAAGCCUGCAAAUCGGCCGGCUCAUUUGACCAUACAAAGUUUUUCAAAUCCUGCGGUCUGGCCGGUAAGUCCUCCGAUGACGUCAAGAAGGCCUUCGGCAUCAUUGACCAGGACCAGAGCGACUUCAUUGAGGAGGAGGAGCUGAAGCUGUUCCUGCAGAACUUCAGCGCAAGUGCACGCGCGCUGAGCGAUGCUGAGACAAAGGCUUUCCUGAAGGCCGGAGACUCCGACGGGGACGGCAAGAUAGGAGUUGAUGAGUUUGCUGCCAUGGUGAAGGCAUAAACAGACUGACCAACACCUGCUCUGAUGAAACAACAAGGCCACGGAGACCACCCCCCUCUUCAUCUGAAUAUACAUAAUUUUUAUACACUCGCUUGUGAGACAUUUCCUCCUAUGCAACAAACUGUCCAGAAGAAGAAGAAGAAAAAUUAUGAUUGUGAAUGUAGCUUGGUUGUGUUCAUGUCUUAAAUAUGAAUUUUGAUGUAUUGUAAAAUCUGUUAUGCACUUUUCAGAAACGGAACAGAUUAUUAAUAAAUAAUUUUUCAAUGGUCACUUAGUAAAUUGAGACAGUGAUAACAACAGUAUUUAUAGUCCAUAGUAUUCAUAAGUUAUCUUAGCAUGGAGCAAACAUGGAAAUGUUGCACAAUAACCGCAUUUGAUAUGAAUCGUACACCUAAAUAUUAAAACUAAUUCAAUAAUCAUGA